UGGCAGUGUGAAAAAAGAACGGGCCGGGAUGAAGAAAUAUUUUGUAUUUUGCGCCCCAUAGUUUUAUACGAGGGAGUAUUCACUGCGCUCGCUAACCUACUGCGCGCGGGCGCAUCUCAAAAGGAGAGCGUAUAUUGAUCCGCUCUGAUGAUCGGAAUUUGAUGUUCGGUUCUGAUCGCCCGCCUAACAUUCCCAGCGGACCGCUAGUUUGAUCGAAGCCGUGGCUGACAAGAUUAAUUACUUAAGACGGAUCGUUCACUUGGUCGAUUCACAUGCUCGCAGUUCGGGUAAACCGCGCGCGGCAGACGGUCAACCGUUUACUCGAGUAGUCCGCGCUUAGUACACUGAUAGUACACUGAGCCCUAUGUUCAUCUGCCACCAUUCUGCCGCAGGUCUAAUUCGCCGUUCCUCUCUAUUCAUUUCUACGGCGCAUUAUUCCGAUUGACAAUACACUUACUCCGCAUGGGCAGCAUGCAGUAAUGCAGUUGCAGCUGACUGUUAUCGGCAAUGUUGCACUACGCCUGAACACUUGUUUGUGCCUAGAGUGUACACUGUACAAACAUUACAUCGCUCGAUACCGAUUUUUAAUAUGUCAUAAUUAAGGAAAUCUGUUUUUGGUUGUACUGCCCCGUAUAUGGAAUAUUGCACAGCAUUAGAGCUGAAGCAGUAGCAAAGAAAGUGUGCUUCACGCGUGAUCGGCAUUGGAAGACAGGGUAAAUAUUUGUAUACUUAUCAUUUAUGCCUGCAUUCUGGCGUUGCUCAAUAUGCCUGUCAUGUCGCGGGAUAAUAUCCUGUACAUCUGGAAAGCUCUUGGCCACGCAGGAUGGGACCACUUGGUUGUGGAUGUGAUCGUUGUGUAGUUGUACACCGCCAACGAUGGAUGACCGAGCCGGGAUGAAUGCCCUGCACAAUGUGCACAUGCAGUCGGACGGCGGCGCUCUGCCUAAUCCCAAACCGAUACUGGACGAUUUCAAUGCUCAAGAUUUCAAUUCCAUCCGUUUCGCCGCGUACCGCAUGGCCUGCAAACUGCACCACAUCCAGACGAAAGCGUCAUUGCAUCAGCUGGAUGUGGUCAAUGUGAUGGAGAUGUGUCUGCAGUCCGGACUGGAUUCCAAUGAUCUCCAUGCGGAACUGGGCGUCGGACGGCUGCGCGAAGUGUGCGCACGGAUGUACCGGCAGCUCAAUCAGCGUCUGCCGUCCACGGCGUCCGUGGACGUCAAUACCUCCACGGAAUGGCUAGUGUACUGGCUCUUAACGGCCUACGACACCGCGGGUGGCGGCAUGGUCCGGAUUUUUGCCUUCAAAAUCGCCUUGAUAUUGCUUUGUCGGGGAAGCCUUGUGGACAAGCUCACGUACAUUUUUGGUUUGAUAUCCACGACGGAUGGUAUUGCUCAUGCUAACCUUUUGGAUGCAUUCCUGCUGGAUCUUCUCCAGCUGCCACGUGCCUGUGGCGAAGGCCCGUCCUUCUCCUACUCGCAAACCACUUAUGCCGAUUGUUUCGGCAAUGCUCAGCAGCUUAGUCUGGAUGCAUUUCUGGAGUGCUUAGUCGGCGUGGAACCCGGUCCGCCGCCGGUUGUCUGGCUGACAUUGAUGCACAAUAUUAAUGACGCACAAGAAAUUCACCAUAACGUCCACUGUAACUCAUGCCACCGCAAUGGUUUCAAUGGCUUUCGCUAUAAAUGUCAGCAGUGUCCAAAUUAUCAGACAUGCCAGGAGUGUUUUUGGAAAGGUCGGGUAAAUGGCCGACAUACUUUGGAGCACGAAAUGAAAGAAACAUCCAGUACAUAUAAAUCACCUGCCAAGCAGUUCGGCGAUUCCCUCAGACGCUCAUUCCGUCGCAGUAAGAGCAGCCGUCAGACUCCCAACAAUCACAAUCGCCAGUCAUACAGUGCAACGGCCUCACCGGAACCAGCCAAGCCCAUUCAUCCCCAGUCGACCAGCAGUCUACCCAUGUAUAAUGGCAAUUUUCCCACCGGACGAAGUCCGUCGGACUUCACUGGACAUAGCGGAUACGGGACGCUGAACCGUCAGCACAGACGACCAUCUGGAUUUGACACAUCCGUGUCGCAAGACGACGAGCACAUCCUCAUAGCACGCUAUGCGGCCAUGUUACAAAAUCAACAAUCUGGUAAAUCGCUCAUGCCCACUGCUGCAGCUCGACUCCACCAGCAGAUUCCGCUUAUUGAUCAUCAUCACGUUGAGCCAACCGCGCAUAUCAUACAGCAUCAUGUUCUUCCACAAAAUCAGCCUGUUGUCAUGCAGAUGCAGCCGGAGGUAAUGUUGCAGCCGCAUAUGCAUAAUGCGGAAAGCAAGGAGCAGAUAAUUGCCGAUUUGGAAGCCAAAAACAGAGAAAUAAUGCGGGAGAUUGCCAAAAUGCGACGGGAUCAGAUCACUAACUCCCAGCUCCUACACUCCACCACAUCGUUAUCCAGCGCGAAUUUACUGAGCGAAUUAAAAGCCCUACGUAUAAGAAAAUACGAACUGGAGCAGCACAUGAACACAUUACAGGACAGCCGGAAGCAGUUGAUGGAUCAACUAGAAAUAUGGAUGAAGCGGCUCAAGAUGUCUCAGUCUUCCCGCUCCACUCCCGUUGGGAGUCCGCGUCCAUUGACGCACAGUUUAUCCAACCGGAAGUAUUCCACCUUACCCAGGAUGGGGAAUCGGCCCAGUCCCACACCACUAGCCGAUCGAAGCUACGGCGGCAGUCAGAACUGGCAGCAGGAUCUCCUCCAUGCCGCCGAUUCAGUAACGAACGCGAUGACGUCACUUGUACGGGAGCUCAACUCAGAAGAUGAUAGAGAAUUUGCAACGGCCAUGUCACUCCACGGAAAUGGCGGUACAGGGAGGAAGACGGUUAAACUGUAUACAGUUCCCACGAUUUAUCCUAGUGACGAUGAACACACGAACGGAAUAUACAACGCUGCCGGCAAUUUGGACAAUUCUGCAACGGCUAAUUCCUUACAUUAAAAGAUUUUCACGCAUCUGAAUUGAUAACUACGAGAUAUAAUGUAGUGGUAUUUGCACAAAUGUGUCAAAUUUUCGUGCCAGAUUUUUCUUCCAUUGUCUUAUCUUUUAUCUUGUAAUGCAUUUUGAGUUUUAUGGCUGAACAUUUUUGAAAAUGCCACUGUAAUAUUGGAUAUGAUUAACGAAUCGUCAAUCGAUGAUACUCGAGUCAGGCUGAACAUGAAUAAAAGCUGACUUCUU